ACAUGGCGCUGGAGCCGCGGGGUAUGGACGGCGACGUGGAGGACGGAGAGCUGUCCGGCUCGGACUCGGACAUGCCCGGCGCCGGCUCCCCAGGGCAGAAAUCACAUGAUGGCAGUGAUCCGUGCAGGCCAUUCCAGAGCAGCAUCUCAUCCUGUGCACCGAGUGUUCCCUAUCGGACAACCAAGAGUGUGGAUUCCAGCGAGGAGAGCUGCUCAGACUCCGACGAUGACAGCUGCCUGUGGAAACGGAAGCGACAGAAGUGCUUCAACUGCCCCCCUGCCAAACCCGAGCCCUUCCAGCUCAGCCAGAGCCACCAAAAACAAACUGCGCUACGUGGCAAGAAGAUCAACAACAUCUGGGGCGCGGUGCUGCAGGAGCAGAAUCAGGAUGCAGUAGCCACUGAGCUUGGGAUUCUCGGGAUGGAUGGCAGCAUUGACAGGAGCAGGCAGUCUGAGACUUACAACUACCUGUUGGCUAAAAAGCUGAUGAAGGAAGCUCAGCAAAAGGAGGCAGAGAAUUUGGAUAAGGAACUGGAUGAAUACAUGCAUGAUGACAAGAAGACAUUGCCAGCAGAAGGGGAAAAUGGGCAAGGCUUUCUCAAAAGGAAGCGCCCCAUGAAAGAUAGACUAGGUGAAAGGCAAGAAAUGAAUUAUAAAGGAAGGUAUGAGAUAACAGAAGAAGAUUCAGAGGAAAAAGUGGCAGAUGAAAUUGCUUAUCGACUUUGUGAACCAAAGAAAGACUUAAUUGCUCGAGUGGUGAAAAUAAUUGGGAAGAGAAAAGCGAUUGAGCUGCUUAUGGAAACAGCUGAAGUGGAGCAAAAUGGUGGGCUGUUCAUAGUGAAUGGCACCAGGAGAAGAACACCUGGGGGCGUUUAUUUAAACCUGCUGAAGAACACACCUAGCAUCAAAGAAGAACAAAUCAAGGAAAUAUUCUAUCUGGAAAACCAAAAGGAGUAUGAAAACAAAAAAGCUGCCAAGAAGAGGAGAAUGCAAGUUCUAGGGAAGAAAAUGAAGAAAGCCAUUAAAGGCCUCAACCUGCAGGAAUAUGAUGAUGCAUCUCGUGAGACUUUUGCUAGUGAUACAAAUGAGGCUCUCGCUUCCCUGGAUGAUCUGCAGGAGGGGCAUCAUGAAGCAAAGAUGGAACCUGAAGACAUUAUUGAAAUUGAUAAUGCUCAUGAUUUGGAGAUCUUCUAGUUGCUAAAGUUCUUGAUAACAGUGUCUCUAUAAAACAUAUUAAAUGAGCCUUUCUUAUAAUCCCAUGCUUUCAUAAGCUGCAGAAGCAUGGGAAAUAAUUCUUAGCUAAAUUUAACAGCAUGAAGACUUUUAAUUGUCCUAGUAUUUGUUUGCUGAGUCCUCAGAAACUGUUAAGAUUUUCCUAGAUAACAACCCUGCAUCACCAUGUUCGUUCCUUUGGAAAUUUUUUUUAGUCACAUGUUAGGUUAAGGAAUUAGGGCUAUGUUUCAACCAUUUAAUUUUAACAUUUAAUUUGCUGAAGCUAACACAAGUCAACAAGUGAGCAAUGCUGCUCACUACAGUUGAACAGAAAAAAAACAUUAUAAAGUUAAUCUGGAUAUAAAAGAUCAUGUGUUCUUAACGUGGCAGUGUGUUGAUACAAACAGUAUUUAUUGGAUUAAGACCAAAAAAGAUUGAUUUGUGAAAUACACUUAAUUUCAGUGGUGAGUGACCUUUGAAUAAUAACCUUGUAAAUAAGCAAUAUUGAGCAAUGUAUACUUUAGAUUUCUACAGCAAUUUUAUCCUUUGUAUUUUAAUAGUGGCUUCAGCUUCCUACUCAUUCUGUCUAAACAUUUUUCAUGAUGAGACAUGCCACUGACAUGGAUCUUUUUGUUUGAGGACAAAUCUAAUGGAAUGCUUUCUGAGUAGUGAGAUUUUACUGCACUGUGUUCCCGCCAAGGGUUUGUACACUGCAUAUGCAGAUAAAAACCCUUUACCUUGCAAUUCUUGUUCCUGUCCUUCUCCCAUGUGCUGUAAGAUAAUGUGCAGCUUUCGGAAGAUUGGAAGUUUUCCUGUGCUGACUCUUAAGAAAACAAUACAAAAGGGGAUUUUUUUUUUACUUUAUUUAGAAGACUCUUGUGUAGUUUCUAAGUUCAUUUGAAGACAAUUUUUGUUGUUGAAUGUUGUUUUUAAUAUAGCUGAACAUGUGCAACACUGAUAUUUAUGAUGUUCAAAAUUCUUUGUCACUAAUAAGUUGUGGGCUUUUUGUGACUAGACACUAUUUUACAGUAAAAAACAUUUCUGAAAUAUUACUGAAUUAAUUCACUUUCAACCCUGUCAUAGGUUUGAAAAGAGAUGUUGAAAUUUUUUUUCCCUAGGGUCCGGCUUUCCCCUCACACCCUCCCGCCCCCCAUCUGUUUCCUCCAGGAUGGGGGGAGUCAGGGAGGAGGGGGGACAGAACGAAGCCACACAGGCAGGGUAGCACGGAAGUCGGGAGAAGGGAGAGUUUCCCUGGAAGAGCAGUUGCCAGGGGUACAGCUCAGGAGGUUUUUUUGUCCAAGGAGGUAUUCUGCCUUCGGGACUGCCUGUGGGAAAAAGGACUCUUUCAUUGCUGGCUGCAAGGCAGCGCCUGCGAACACAGAAGCACAUGUGGCUGUGAGCAGCUGCUGAACUGCUGGGACAGUCCUGCCUUCCCCCCUCCUUUCCCUCCCCCCCACCCCUGGUUGCCGUGGGUUUCUUCCUCUACCUGGGGAACUUUGUUUUGUUUCUUCUGAAAGCUUUGGUUGCACUAUUUGUUGUUUAUUCAGAUUUUGUUAUUUGAAAGCUGUUCUUUUCCACACUUCCACCUGAAGUUUCUUAAUUUCUAAGUUGCAACCUUGUUAAACUAUUGGUGCCCAGCGUGGGGCUUGACUAGAGGAAAAGUGGAAAAGGAAUAAACCCUUUUGUUUAAUCACCUGUGUAUUGCAUAUAGAAACACCACUAAGUAUCAUAUAGUCCAACUUCUUUUGGAAUUUGGCUGUGUGUGUGGUCUUUCCAUUUAUAGAUCACUUCUUAAGGAGGGACACCAUCGCUGCAAUAGUUGUGGCUGCUGUAAAGUUUGUAAGUUGGUACCAGUGGCUGAAAAAUUCUGGCCCUGUAGUUCUCUUUUGGAAUAUAUAUAUAAAUGGAUGCAUUACUACCACAACCCAGGUUCCUGUUUUCGGAGUUCUACUGAUAAUGGUACCUAUUUUGAGGGAGGAAUGCAGGCAAAUGCUUUUUCCCAACCCUUCACCCACUUCUCAUAUGGCCCUCCCACAGUAGGUUCUGAAGGAUUAAUUUUUUUCCUGGACAUUAAAGAUAUUCUAUUCUUGAUGA